AUGAUCACAUGCAUUUGUCCAGACUUUUCUACAAUUACCCUUUGAUUCAGAGCUACUAUACGGGUCACCGAGAGAAACUCGAGCGCUUAUCAAGAGGCAAAUGGGAUUCUGAUUGCUUGAUGAUUGAUGGAAUGGUUUCCCAGUUGGGAGAGGAAGUGGAGAAGUUGUGGCAGAGGGAUGAAGGCGGCACUGGGAAAUACCCACCUGUUAGUUUACAUGCACUGCUGGAUCUCUAUUUGCUGGAAAGCAUUGAUGAAAGCGACAAACAUGCAAUU